UUACUCAUACUUGCCAGAUAUUGAACACCUCAACUCCGUACUCCUUCUUGACAUGACAAUAUGGCAGACAUCAAAGCCAAUGAUCAUCAUGCUUAUAUGCAAUACGCCCUCAGUCUAGCCAAAAAAUCCCCUCCGAAGCCCACAAAUUUCUGUGUCGGCGCAGUGUUGGUAGACCAGUCCACCAACACGAUACUGGCAGAUGGCUACACUCUCGAGCUCGAGGGCAACACGCACGCGGAGCAAUGCUGCCUCAUAAAACUCUCGCAACAGCACGGCGUCCCCGAGGAACAGCUGAAAGACGUCCUACCAAGGAAUCUGGCCCUCUACACGACGGUGGAGCCCUGCUCGAAACGGCUGAGCGGCAAUCUCCCCUGCGCGGAGAGGAUCCUGCGGCUCGCCGGUGUUAUUAACGUGGUCUAUGUGGGCGUUAUGGAGCCCAAGGAGUUUGUACAGGAGAAUACGGGCCGCGAGGCCCUUGAACGGGCAGGCGUGCGGUUCCAGCAUGUUGCCGGAAUGGAGGAGGCGAUUUUGAAAGUUGCGAAGGCCGGGCAUGUGUCAUAGGCAGGUUUGCUACACGCAUAAGCACUCCGUGCUUGAGCGCAACUGUACUCGGACUACGUUAUGGUACAGCGUCAACAAGGCAUUCGAUAUAUGUCUCAGCCU